GAAGAUGGCGUCCAGGGCACCUCCCGACGGGGGCUACGGCUGGGUGGUGGUCACGUCGGCCUUUUUCGUCAUGGGCCUCACCGCUGCCGUCCUUAAGAACUUCGGCCUCUUCUUCCUGGACAUCCAGAGCCACUUCGGGGUCCUGACCAGCACCACCUCGUGGGUCACCUCCACCACCAUCGUCACGUUUCACCUCGGCGCCCCGUUGGCCAGCGCGCUGACGAUGCAGUUCUCUCACAGGCUGGUCAUCGUGGUCGGAGGUCUGCUGUCGGCCUCCGGCCUGUUGCUGGCGUCUCUGGACCUCGGCCUGCCCUGGCUCUACCUCACCAUGGGCGUCCUGGAAGGAACUGGCAUCGCCUUCGCGUGGAUCCCCGCCAACAGCCUGGUGAGCCACUACUUCUCGCGGUGGCGCCCCAUCGCCUACGCCGUCGCCAGCUCCGGGGAGUGCGUCUUCGCCGUCGUGUUCGGCCCUCUGUUCCGCUGGCUCAUCGAGGCGUACGGCUGGCAGGGGGCCCUGCUGGUCAUCGGCGGCCUUCGUCUUGCGAAUAAAGCGCAGACAAAGGAGGAGGCUGGGUUUUUAAAAAGAGCAGGUUGAUCAUUGAAAAAACUGAACUAAGCAGCUCCAGUUUAUUUCAGCAUUAGGAAUUGUGUUCAGAAGGUUGACGUACUUCUUCUAAGCAAGUACACACUUAAGCAUUUGAUUAAUUGCAUGUGUGUAACCUAAGUUGUUGUCCACAUAGCUCUGCAGGAGUCAACAUUUAAACUCUGCGUAUUAUGUAACUGCAGUAAUGGAGACCAAGGGGUUUCCACCAAAUGGCUUAAUGCCGCUUCUUGCAAUCUAUUUAAAGGUACGUUACAAUCCCUCCACACAGAGCAGAAUACAAAUGUUCAUUUACUAAGUCAAAAUCAUGAGUUAAUCAGUUGUUAUUCACUUCAUUUAAGAAACAUCGAAAUUGUUAUAUGAUUUGUUUUGACUUUUAAACUUUCUCUGAUUGUCUUUGUUAAAAGACUAAAAUGGUAAAAUGGUCUUUCUCAGAUUAAAUCUCCCUAAAAUAAUAAUGUAUAAAAAAGCACAGUGCGAUCCACAAGAGGAAUUCUAAAAUAUGAAUUCGCUCACUGUCCCUUGUGCAAAACUGUAAAGCAGGCAUCGUUUUAUCGUUUUAAAUCGCACUAAUUGAUGCCUCCUUCUUGAAAGCCGGAUGUCGCGCACCCUGCUGCGCAUGCGCGGCCGCCUCAUCCACACGAGACGACGUUACAAGGUGCGCGCGGCUGUCUCACACAGUCACACCGGGCGCGUGAGUCGGGUUUUUGUUUUUGUUUUUUUGUGGGCGACCGGGAACAAAAAGUGAAAUGAAUACCUCACGCAUUCAAGCGAACGGACCCCUUGUUUCUGCGGCGGUUGUUUUGGGGGUUUUUUUUUCUUCUUUUUUAAAUUCCCUUAAAAGUUCCGCUUAGGCGCGCGCACUGCGAAAUCUUAAAAUGAGAGGCGCAACUCGGCCGAAGUGCUGAAGGGAAACGGCAGCAUCACGUGUCGGUGCCAGCAGGUGAGGGACCGAGGGAGCAAAAGCUUCAGAUUCGGAUCUAUUUAUUGUCGGUAUAGGUUCAGCUGUGCUGUUGUGUUGUGUUAGACCGCUGCUUGUACUAUUUCAUUUAGGCUCAUUAAAAAUAACGUUGCAUAAUGGCAGUUGACAGUAAACAACUGUUAAUGACGGUGUUAUUAAAUACUUUUACGUGUUACAGACUACUUUUGUCACCACUGGUUAUUUUAAUACCACCAAAUGAUAAAUAGACCUUAAAUCCCUUUUUUUUUUCUUC